GCGCUUCCCCACCCAGCUGACAAGAAAAAGAGUUCCGGGUUCAUUUCAGCCGAGAGCCGCUCGCCGCCGCCGCCGCUUCAACACGGCGGGACCAUGUCUCUUCUACUGGAGAACCAAUUCACAGAGCUACCCCCGGACAAGUCGGUGGACACCAAGUUGUUCCUGGAGGCGGUCUCGCAUCUGCCUGCGUUUUUCGACUGCUUGGGAUCAACAGUAUUUUCAGUCAUCAAAUCAGACAUUAAUGGCAACAUAACGAAAAUUAAAGGAGUAUAUCUUAAGGACCCUGCUAAGUACGUCACCCUGCAGGACAUUGUGGAGGCAGAGCGAGAAGCCCAUGCAGCAGAGUGGCCUAAAGUUGGCGCAACAUUAGCUCUGAUGUGGCUGAAGAGGGGUCUCCGUUUCAUACAGAUCCUGCUGCAGAGUUUGGCAGACGGAGAAAGGGAUGAGAACAACCCCAACCUCAUUCGGGUUAAUAUCAUCAAGGCCUAUGAGCAAGCGCUGAAGAAGUACCACGGCUGGAUUGUUCAAAAGAUUUUCAAUGCAGCCUUACUCGCAGCUCCCUACAGAUCAAACUUCCUCAAGGCUCUGUCAAAAGGAGAAGAAGUGAAAGAGGAGGUCUGCCUGGCGAACGUGCGUCAGUUCCUGGUUCAUUACAGCACCACAGUGGACGCCAUCUACGAGAUGUACACAAAUCUGAACGCGGAGCUGGACUACACUGUCUGACGUCCCAGGACCAGCUGGACCGGAGUGUCCCACAGCAUCUUGCUGUGUGUCAGACCUCUCAGGUGUCAGACAAGUCCAGUUUUCCAAGGUGUUUUUAAUAAGACUUUCCUUUCUGUGUGGUAUUUAUUAUGCCUUGCUAAAUAUUAACAUAUUUGGUUAUGCCUUAAAUUUAAACAAACAUAGCAGAAGAUUGUUUUUUGCCGUCAUAAUUUCAAGUAAUUGCCGGAUUGUUGCAGCAACAGUGCAGCUUUCACUCUUAUGCAGAAUCAUGGUAUUGUGUGGGCGGCUGCUAUAGUUAUAGCAUUAACAGGUGGCUUUCACCUGUUCCAUUGGGAGAAGAAUGCAUGACGGUAAACACUGUUAUUACAGGAAACCAUUUAUGCUAAUGCCUCACAUUCAGGCGUUCUCUGCCUCCUGAUCCCUGGAGUAAACACCACUGUUUGUCUGGGAGCAGCAGCCCUGCUAGUAAUUUUAACAAGACACUUCAGUUGCAUGUUGAUAGCUGGAAUCCAAUUAGUGCCUUGGUGUUACUCAUUAAACACAUGCUAUUUAGUAAGUAUGCUCAGAAUUAAUGUAUUUGUAAUUCUAUUUCACCUACAAAAGUUAGCCAGAAGCAGGUUGUGCUUACUCUGAGGGCUUCACCUGUACAGUGUUUCUGCGUUGAAUAAGAGGCUGCGGUUGAUUGUUUUUCUUGUUUGUUUUUUUUCUGUGGGCCAUUUUGCUCCUAUAAUGCCUCAACUGUCUUUCACACAAACAUUGUGUGCAUCCGUUCUUUUAGAUAUGCUGUUUUAUCAACUCCGAUCAAAUCUGUUCUUAUUGCAAGAUUUUAAUGUAUAAAAGAAGUGUUACCACUGAGUUGAAUGACUAACCAAUAAAAAUCCAUCUUACAGUUCCUAAAUUGCA